CGAGAGCAAAGAAAUCAAUUGGUUUACACUAGCUCGUGAAAAAGAUAUUGGAUAUUGGAUUGAAUGAGGUCGCUGAAAACAUUCACAUAUAAAAUACCCGCUUCAAACAAUUUUUACCUUUUGUUUUCGUCAGAAUGUUGAGGCCUAGCCGUGCUCUGAUUUGUUUUCUAGUUCUAAUCGUCGCUAUUCUGAUCUCAUCAUUUAUUAAACCCAUUGACCACUGUAAGUGAUUCGGUGUUAUCAUGCAAUCCAUUUGUCUACGGACCAUUUUUUCGCAAAGUUUUCUAACAAUAACUAACAACCCUCGUGGUUUUUUUGUCAAAAAUGGCAGCGUUGUCUUAUCUAGGUGGUUUAAUUCGGAGAAAUCUGUAGACAUAGAUGUGAAGAGUCUUCAGAAGAUGAUGAAAUCUAACGACGUUAAAUUGAUAGAUGUCCGAGAACCUGAUGAGUUGGUCAAAGACGGAAAGAUUCCUAAUUCUAUUAAUAUACCGCUCGGUGAAGUUGAGGAUGCCUUCAAACUCGACGAGAAAAGCUUCCUAGAGAAGUACAAGAUUAAGAAACCAAAUGUUGCAGACGAAAAUUUGGUUUUUAGUUGUAGAAGUGGCUUCAGAAGUCAGCAAGCCCAAAAAAUCGCACAGAGUUUGGGUUACAAAAAUCCUCUAAAUCUUCUUGGUGGAUACAAGGCAUGGGCCGAAGAAAAUGGAGCAUAGCAUAUAUUUUUCACUCAUUUUUCCGUACGAAAUGCCAAAUAUGUGCCACUAUACAGCAGUGAAAUUGCUGUAUACAUUUGUGAUUUAAAAUUGAAGCUCUUUGUCAUUAUUUUUAGUCAACAAACAUUGAAUAGAAGGGGAGUGAAACAUUUGUAUUCUGGAAAAUACCAAUUUUAUCUAUUGUAAUUGGUGUUUGCUUUAUAGUUUGCUACUUAUUAAUUACUUUUGGAAGAUCUGAAAAUGUGUCUGACACAUUUGACUAUGCUUUUACAGAAUGUUAUUUUUGCAGAAUAUACUAAUAAGAUUAAUAAAUUCGAAACUCAGAAAUAAGAUU